AAAUAAAAUCAACUCACAAAGUGCCGGAUUGGUAUAGUCAACAAAAGUACGUCUUCAGUGUGAGAUACUCCAGCCUAAUAGGAAUUACGGAGAGCCGAUAAAAUCGUGUGAUAGGUUACUACAAGUUUCUCAGGAGUCUCGAUAACCGUCGAUGAAAGAAAGCAAAGAAAGACAAAGAGGAGAGAAGAGGCUGAAGAAAGCAAUAAAGACAAGUAACAGCAACAAAGUACGUAGUGACGUAGUGACAAUCGCAAAAGAACAAAGGCAACUCUUCGAACAGUGCCAUAAUAAAACUCGCUUGGUAUUCGCUGUAAGCGCGCUCUCACGGGAAAUCUCGGAAACAUUCGUACAAACUCCUGCCAGGGUCACGAUCCACGUGGAGCCCGAAUAUUUAUAGGAUUCCAUCUCGGAAGUGACGCGGAGGAAAUCAUCCUUGCAGGCGAUACCUAAUCCCCCCCCCCCCAUCAUUUAAAUAAAAGAUAAACAAUGCCCGAGACGAAAUUAUUUACACGCGAUGAGGUAGCCAAGACAGAUAAUAGCAACGAGACGAUCUUCAUUGUACACGACAAGGUUUACAAUGUCACGAGCUUUCUCAAUGAACAUCCUGGUGGCGAAGAGAUACUCAAGAAUCACAUGGGUGCCGACGCCACCGAGGAUUUCGACGACAUUGGACAUUCGGUAGACGCACUGGAGCUAAUGAAGAAAUAUGAAAUCGGCGAGUUGGUCGAGCAGGAGAAAUCGAACGUACCACUGAAACAGGGCUGGGUAGCUGGUUAUGAUUCGAAGGUACCGGAAAAAUACGUCAAUGGUCCAGGCCUCCCAUUUUAUUUACUCAUCGGAGGCUUCGUCGUCAUUCUUGUAGCACUCUUUUUAUAUAAUUGAUUAAUAUUUUAUCGAACAUAUCAUUAGUACAUGUGCACCCGUUAGCGCAGUACGCACUGCGUAUAAUAUAGUCGGACUGUAACAUCAGUAGUUCCACUUUGAGAGGGCAUUGCCUUACGGAAAGGAACGUAAAUAAAUUCCCUAAAACUGCAACUGAUGUCGCGGCUUGUCUAUACGGACGUCAGUCUGACAUUUUUUUAAAUAAACAGAGACCCAACAAAUAUUCAGACUCGUCCAAGUGUAAUGUCCUUGGUUUCUUUUACAUCACUUUCUUACGCCUCUUGCUUUAUAAGGUAAUGGACGACCGACGUCAACACUAAAUUCAAAAACGCCCAUGCGCGAUUCUGUUUAUAUCGAUAAUUAUUGACCUCUUUAUAUGCUUUUGAAAAUUGCCAAAAAAGAUAUAAAUAUAUGUGUAUAUAUGUAAUCCGUGCCUUAAUGUUAACUUAUACGACAUAAAAGCUGCAUUAAUAUUGUUGACACUAAUAAAUUCGUAAGUCGUUAGCGCGAAGAACGUCAAUAAAUUACUACUUUACUAUGAAAAAGUCCAAAUAUAAAAAAAAUUUGUUUAAAAACUGAUUACGUUGGUAAAGUUAAAAAUCGAGAAAUCGUCCAAGGACGACUAAAUUGUACGGGGCAAAAAGUACUAGGAAGCACAAUGCUAAUUGGGCGCUGACGAGUAGAGUAGCAAACUUGAAUGAGACACAGCAGCCCGUAGUCAGAACUGGCUUUUAGUUAGGCGCGCACUAAGAGCGCGCGCGCUUUUAAAGGCAUCUUUUAAAACAUCUCGAAGAAAUCGAUUUUCCGUUUUCGACGGAUUCUUAUGAUAUAGCCGAUCAAGAAUAUUCUCUCAAAUAUUCAGGUUGAUCCGUUCAAAAUUGAGGGAGUUACAUUUAGAGGUAAUAAAUGACAUUUUAUCUACGUAUAAAAGCGUUUUUCUCGGAAUUACUUUUUCAGAAUCGGUAACCACAAUAACUCAAAAACGACAUGACCGAUCUACUUGAAAAUUCGCAUACAUUUUUUGUAUAUCAAAAAGCAGUCCUUAAUCGAAGGUUUUUUUUAUGCGUACUUUUUAUAUAUCAAGAAAAAUGUAGUGUUUUUGUCACCGAAAUUUGACGAUCACUUUCGAUCGGUGACCAUUUUUUCAAUAUUUUAUUUUUCAUUAUUUUAUUGAACCCUUCGAUUAAAAAACUAGAUAAUACGAUAGAAAAACAAAAUCUAUUUGGUUUUUUGAUUUCACAUGAUUUGUUUCCGAGCAGUAGUGGUCACUGCGAAGGACGUUUUUUGAACGGUGGUCUGCUAAAUUUAUUGUAUCUCUUACAUUUACGAAUAUUUUUUAUUAAAAAAAAUGUGAAACAUACUUCAAAUCACACUCUUUACUAUGAAAAAAAAAGGUGAAAACUUGCAACCCUAUUCCCUCCAAAAAAUCCACGAAAAUACCCUUUUUUUGGCCGCGAAGUAGAUGUAAGCCCUUAAAUUAUUUGUUAGUGAGUUUAGAGGUAACUGUAUUCAGAAGCGCUUUUAUGGUCAGUCUUAAGGUCACUAACAGCUGUUAGCGGCGCUAUCAGGGAAAAAGCCUAUUCAGAACCGUUUUCAAGCAUUUAAAAGUGCGCUAUUAGCCGCCAUCUUGGGACUAGCAGCGACCUAUUCGGAAACGUGGGCAGGAAGGGCAUGUUUAAAGUGACAGGUCGCUCAAAUAUCAUGGACGAGAUGGAGGCUAUUGCCGAGUUGGACGAAGUCUGCGAAAUUCAUGAAAAGAGAGUAUGAAAUCCGCAAGUUUUUCGAGAGACACGUGAUCCGUUUCGUAAGUGACGUCAACCAUAAACAUUUCAGCCGUGCUCAAUGCUCAGAGGCUAUCGAAGUCUUGGGGAUUUUCAUCCUCCAGAAAAUCAUCCGGGCAAAUUUCACUGACUGUCAAAUCGAGCCCGGAAAGUUUUGAGAGGACAGGACGACCUCAACCUCAGCCAGUCGCACGCUUGCGAUAGCAAGAAAUAGUCUUUUCUCUUAGCUGCGAGUCUCCACCGCUGCUAUGGACCUCUUAUAUCUUUCCAGUCCCUCUUAAUUUCAGUCGCUGCCAUUUUCUCUGUUAGUUUCAUUCAUUUGUCUCUUUUACUCUUUUGCAAUCUAGCAUUAUUUGCUUUAGUCUCUAGUGUAUCACGAUUGUCGCUUACAAAUUGUACGACUAAUGCUUUUUCUUCGACGGUGAAAUUUUCCUUUCGUUCCAUGGCAAUCUACAACCAUUUAUUUUUGUCAUUUUCAUGUGAUGCCUGUCUUAUAAGAGUUAUACCAGUUGUAUACUUACUACAUUUAUACGAUUUUAACGUACUAAUUGAAUAUUAAUAGCUUGCCUUCAGGAAAGGGAAAUUCUUGUAUUUCGAAUUUCAAAUAUGGCUGCAUUUUCCACCAAGUAUGAAGUUCGCGUAUUCCGAAUGCCACCGAAUACUCCCGGACAUAAUCGAAUAUAUCCGAGUCUUUCCGAAUGAUCCCGAACGCGGUUAAAAGCGCAUGCGCACAACACGCUGCUUCCCUGAUAGCGCACAGCUAGCUAAAAGCGGCUUAAAAGCGAAUUCUGAAUACGGUCACUAACAACUCAACGCAGUCACUUUUAACUAAUAGUGACUAUGUUAGUGACCUUAAGAGCGAGUUACGAAUACGGGCGAACGAAUAAGGCAACAGGAUCGUACCAAUAAGGUAAACAAAUGAACGUUGAGCAACUUUAAUCCCUAAAGAAUAAUGCACGACCGACUUACGAACAUAGAAAGAUCUGCCCCUAUAGUUAAAACAAAUAAUUACUGUAAAAUAAAAGUAUAGAAUAAUAAAUCA